ACUUCCUAAAAAACUUUCCCUUUAGGGAAUUCAGUGUCUUUAUCACCAUCGUCGGCAGUUUUACUUAUAAUGUUUUACUUGAAAGAGAUGUGGUCUGCACUUGCAUAGAUGUCGAUACAGACUGCUGGAUAUACCUUUUUAUGCCGGUGUUUAUAAUUUUUUUCUUAAUACUUUGGACAGACAAGAUAUUACAGAGAACCUGCAACUACUAUAUAUUUGUAUGUUCAGAAAAGCUAGCUUUUUUGCUAGCUUGGCUAAAAAAGCCUGAUAAACCUGAUGUGGAGCAUCAACCACUUGAUGAGCAGCAACAUCAACAAAAGAAUAAAAAAUGCCGGGGAGCAUUAUGUGGUGUUUUCUGGAGUCGCAUUAUCAAGGCACUUUGUGUUGGUGCGCUGUGGGCUAUUUCUGUGCUCAUCGAUGGAGACUGGUAUGUUUGCUGUCAGAAUGAUCAUUCUGAAAAGCAAUCACAGUUAGCCUGCAAAGAUAAAACCAACAUGACACCUGAAGAAAAUGUGGACAUCAAUACCCUGAAAAACAAAUCAAGACGUAUAGGCUUCUCUGUGCUCUUGGCUAUGAUUUUUCUGGCAGCCCUGAUGUCACUAUUUGACCGGAGAUGCUAUUACAGCAAAAGACAAGUCUAUGACAGCGUGAUCCUGGAAGAAGGGGAAGAUGUACUGAAAGACACUUUGAGAAAAGCAGCGAAAGAUGAGUUACUUAAAAUGAUCUCUGAAAAAAUAAAUGGAAAUGACAAUAGGAAUGGAGGUGGAAAUGAGAACAAAGGAGGAAAUGGAAAUGGAGGAGGAAAUGGAAACAGACAUAGGAAUGGAGGUGAGAAUGGGAAUGGGGGACAAGAAGGAAAUCAAGGGGGUGGACAAGAAAAUGGGAAUGGAGUAGGAAACGUAGGUGGAAAUGAGAACGGAGGAGGAAAUGGAAAUGGAGGAGGAAAUGGAAACAGACAUAGGAAUGGAGGUGAGAAUGGGAAUGGGGGACAAGAAGGAAAUCAAGGGGGUGGACAAGAAAAUGGGAAUGGAGUGGGAAACGUAGGUGGAAAUGAGAACGGAGGAGGAAAUGGAAAUGGAGGAGGAAAAGGUAAAGAGGGUGGAAAUGAGCAUAAAUGGAUAGAAUGUUUUGAUGUUGCUGCACAAAUGAUUAAAAACUCAAGCAUACCAAAACUUUCCAAAGAACAACGAAAGGAAGAAAUAGUAGUACGUAUCCACAGUGAGCUCUGAAACAGCAGCAGAAGUGACUGACUGUCAACAUCUUUUACAGCACCGUGCUGAAAUUGCCUUGAACGGCAAUUUAAAGUAAUUUAAAAAUCAUAAAAACUCCACAAACUAAUUCCACAUGAUUAUUAUUGUAUUUUAUAUUUAAGUCUUUUUCUUAUAAAUGACUGUCCAACAUUCAACUUAUAAUUACAUUAAAGUUGUUAAAUGUGUAAGGAGAUUAUUUAGUGACUUUAUAUUUGUUUUCUUUUGUAUGGGAUGGAUUUGGACAAAUAUAAUAUAUAACAGGUUCUCCUGAUCCUGCAUGGUGCUGCCCUUAAUGUUUGCAGGUAACUGCCAUUUUGUGGCAUUGAUGUAAAAAGCCAGUUUGAGUCUAAGGCUAGGUCCACAUGUACACGGGUAUUUUUGAAAACAGAGAUUUUCCGUUUUCUUUUUUCUUUUUUUUUAAUCCUGUCUAAAUGCUGCCAGGAACAUGCCAAAGCAACAGGUGGUGAUAUAUUCCUAACCGUGUAGAAAUGUAAUGUCGGUUGAUGCAUGCACUCUAUAUUCAUAUAUUUCUUUAACACACAUAUAUACAAUUGUAAAAGCAAAACCUUUUACUGUUAUACAAGAAAAUCCUUAGUACAUCAUUAAUGUCAAAGUUUUUUACAGUGAAUAUGGUCGUGUUCUUGUGAGAAGUCAUUGUUCUAGACCUUUUUUCUGAACAAACAUGUUGACUCGUGACCUCCAAUAAAAGAAAUAAAAGCUUGGGAGUCCCUGUAGCAGCUUCAGUAACUAAGUCCAAUAAAUUAUCUACAUUUGUGAUUUUUCUGCUUUGGAAUUUUAGGAUCUGUGCUGUGAAAAAAGCUUUAAUACUUAAAUCUGAUCACUUUUUAAUACUUGCUGUUGGACUCUUUCACCUUUAUGAGCUAAUCACCAACAUUUGUAUGCUGCCUGCUCCAUUCAUGUCUCUGUAUUUUUUGUGACUAUUUUUUUUGUUUGUGCCACUAUCUAGUCAUUUACAUGUCUUGCUUGAUUGAUGUCAUUUCUUUAUCAUUUAUUUCUCUUUGAUUUUUCCCCCUUAAAUUGCGAUUUUGUGUUUCUGUCUUCUCUUUUCUUUGUUGUUGAUGUGUUUGCCUUUCUGUUUUCUUCAUUUCUGUGUGGUCACUUUGUAGAUAGGGCACUGAAAAUUAAAAAAAAAAAUCAAAUAAUAAGUAAGCGGGGAUGGGGAUCAGUGUGAAAUUCAUCUAGUCUUAAGGUCUCUUUUAAUUUAAAAAGAAUAUUAAACAAUUAAUAUGAAACCUUUUUUAUUAUCUCAAGAACUUUAGUUGACCUGCUUAUUUUAAAAUAAGUGUAUUCAGAUGCAUGAAAUCAGAUGAUUGUUUCUCAAAAUAAUAUUUAUCUGUUUAAAUAACAAUAAAUAACAGAUUGUCAGAUCAAUUGAAAUGACAGGGCAAAGAAAUUGUUGAGCUCUUCUUUUAGUAUGUGGCUGUUGUCAGGGGUUUGGGGUCCCUGGCCUUUGCAGCUGGUGAAUAAUCAUUUGGAUGUUAUUAAAAAGAGUACCUUAAACUGCAGCAUUCAGGCUUCUAUUUUUCUCUUGUUUUUCUCUUGCUUCACUCUGGCGUCUCCUGCUGGAUUAAGGCUAAAUCCAACCGUGCCUUUUCAAUUGCGGCUCCGAUGCUCUGGAAUAACCUUCCCCUCCAAAUUAGACAAGCAUCAUCAGUGCAGGUCUUUAAGUCCA